UUGCAAUAUGCUAGCAGUGCCUUCUAAAUUCCAUUGUUUGUGAUGUUUGUUGUCUCUGUGAGCUUCCAUGUUUUCUAUGUAAUCCUACAUUAUACAAGGCUAAUUUAAUUUUAAAUUAAAUAUAUUUGAAGCUUACUUGUACGUCUCCAGGAAAAAAAAUUACCACUUUUGCUACAGCGGAAUCAACCAAGGGUUUGCUAUAAACAAUGUCAUUUUUUCUUUCUUCAUAUCCGGCAAUGUCUGGAAGUCUUAUGGGAUUUUUUAAUGCCAUAGAGAUAAUUUUAGAAGUAGUUGCUUGAAAAGAAGAAUAUACAUUACAGAUACAAUAAUAAUUAACUUUGGCUGUUGCUAACUACAUACUACAUUUUCGAUUUUGCAGUUUUAUGAAAAUGUUUUGAAGCUUCAAAUCAAAUUUAGAAGCUUUUUGCAUGCAAAAAUGAUUAAAAUCUGCAAAAUACUUUCAAUGAUCGAUCACAGUGACUUGAAACUUUCAGGAUUUAUGAAUUGAAGUUUCCUCUUUGUGGAAAAAUUAAUUUGAAGUUGAUUUGAAGCUUCAAACUAAAUUUGGAAGCUUUGUCUCACGUUAAUGCAUACAAAAAUGAUUAAAACCUGCAAAAAUAACUUGUGUAAAAUACUUCCAAUAAUCACAGUGACUUGAAACUUUCAGGAUUCAUGAAUCGAAGUUUCCUCCUUGUGGAAAAGUUAAUAUGAAGCUCCAAACUAAAUUUAGAAGCUUUUCCCCAUGGUAAUGCAUGCAAAAAUGAUUAAAACCUGCGAAAAUCACUUGUGCAAAGUACUUCUAAUGAUCAAAGCGAGUUGAAACUUUUAGCAUUUAUGAAAUGAAAUUUACUUUUUGUGGAAAAGUUAAUUUGAAGCUCCAAAUUAAAUUUAGAAGCUUUUUCCCAUGUUAAUGCAUGCAAAAAUCACUUAUGCAAAAUACUUCCAAUGUUCACAGUGACUUGAAACUUUCAGGAUUUAUGAAUUGAAGUUUCCUUUUUGUGGAGAAGUUAAUUUGAAGUUGAUUAGAAGCUCAAAACUAAAUUUGGAAGCUUUUUCCCAUGUUAAUGCAUGCAAAAAUGAUUAAAACCUGCGAAAAUCACUUGUGCAAAGUACUUACUUCCAAUGUUCACAGUGACUUGAAACUUUCAGGAUUUAUGAAUUGAAGUUUCCUUGUUGUAGAAAAGUUAAUUUAGAAUUGAUACUAUGUAAACCAAGCUCAUAUAGUUUUACACUAAUUUCCAUGGUUCAAAAAACUGUAAUGUUUUUUUAUAAAAAUAGAAAAUAAUAUCAUGAUAUUUAGAAUCCCACUCUGCAUUGCUUGGUUUUCUAAAAAUACUUUUAAUUUCCUGUCCCAAAAAACUGUAAAAUUGAGUAAUUCAAAUGUAUUUAUUUAAAUUACUUGAAUCUAUUCAUAGAAAAUCUAGGCCAUUAAAACAAAACUCCACGCUUUGAAGUAUAAUAUUGUUCAAAAUCACGAAAUUCAAUUAGCCGAUGAAUUAUGUCCUAUACAUAUACCUUAAAAAAUCUAAAUAUAUCCAGAAUUUAUUUUAGAAGCGCCAAAGUGAGAAAAACCUUUUAAUGUUAUAGAUUUCCUCAGUCACUAGUGCGUUUGCGGUGGUGUAGUGCGUUCCAAAAAUAAUUAUUAAUUAAAACCAUGGAAAAUUCUAAAGAUAGAAUAACCAGAAGUGUAUCUCGAUCUAGGACGCCUACAAGGCACGGACACGUACCGAGAAAAUACCGGAGAAAACACAAAGAAAAACUAAAAGAUUGUUGCAGGAAAAUCGUAGCUUUUAUGUGCACCCAAGUGGGGGUGGGCGCUUUAAUUAUCGGUUAUACUGUUAUUGGGGCUGUGGGGUUUAUGCACGUAGAGAAAAGGUAAUUUUUGUCGCUGUUUAUUAAAUUCCUCAAACCCAGAAAUAAAAAAUUAUCAGUUCUCAGUGCAAACAACACAGAAGUAUUUGAAGUUGAGGCAAUAAGAAACAAAACUCUGAAGGUGCUUUUUGAUGCUGUAAUGAAAAACAACAUUUUUGAUCGUUUACAGUUUAGAUUAGAUGUUGAUAAAGUUUUAAAGUUGCAUCAGGAUGAUGUUACGAAAAUUUUCAAACAUGGAUAUGAUGAACGCUCAAUGGAUAAAGUUUGGACUUUUCCAGCAGCUUUGAUGUUUUGUCUCAGCAUUAUAACCAUGGUUGGUUAUGGUAAUAUGGUACCAAAGACUAGAGAGGGCAAAAUAUUGACUAUGGUUUAUGCUUUGUUUGGUAUACCUUUGUAUGUUUUGUAUUUUAAGAAUAUGGGACAAAUUCUGGCAGGCAGUUUCAAAUGGAUUUAUAGAAGAAUCUAUGAAUGUUCCACAGAAAAAGACGAUUCAAGAAGGAAAAUUAUAGUACCCAGUACAGCUUGUUUAUGGGUUAUUUUUGCUUAUAUUUUAACAGGCGCUAUUAUGUUUAGUGAAUGGGAACAAUGGGACUUUUUGGAUUCCACCUAUUUUUGUGUAACCUCCUUGGGCAAAGUGGGUUUUGGAGAUUUAGUUCCAGGAGCUGACGUCAACGCAUCAAAUCAUGGAAAUCAAACCAAAUUAAUUAUAAACUUUAUAUACAUACUUUUAGGUUUGGGUAUAGUGGCAAUGUGUUUCAAUUUGAUGCGAGAAGAAAUCAAAGUGAAACUGAAAGAAAUGAAUGAGGAUUUCAAUCAAUGUUUGGAAGACACCAAAGCCAAAUUUGUCAAUUGUUGCAAGAGAAACAAGGAAGAAUUCGAGGAGGAAUAUUAGUUUAUUGUUGUAGUAUUUUUAUAUAAACGCAAUAAUUGAUUAUUUGAGUAAUUUUUAUUGGUGGGGGUUUUAGGAAUUGCUGAAAAUUUCAGCUUUCUAACUACAAUAGAGAAAAAGUUUUGACAUUUCAAAGUUUUCCAAAAUCUAAAUCAUAAGGUAGCUACCUCACUACUGAAACGAUGAAAUUUCAAUUUUUUUUUUUUUUUUGAGAUUUUGUGUCCUAAUGGUCAUUUCAUUUGGGAUCCUCCAAACUCCAUACACUAAAUUAUUCUGAGAUUUGGAGUCAGAUUCUAUGGAAAAAGGCACUCAGAAAAAUUGAAAAAUCGAUAAAUCACCCCAAAUCGCUUAACACGAUUUUAUUUCUGGAACUAUAAGUCCAAAUGAGCUGAAAUUUUCAGCGAUUGUAGUCCUCUAUUGGGAUAAGAAUCACUGAGAAUUUUAGCUUUGUAACUAUGAUGAUAGAAAAAAAGUAAUGACCUUUCAAAGUUUUCCAUAAUCUAAAUCAUAAGGUAGCUUUGUACCUCGCUUUGUACUAAAACGAUGAAAUUUCAAACUUUUUUUUGUUGAAAUUUUGUGUCUUAAUGGUCUUUUGGGCUCGCCCAAGCUCUAGACCCUAAAUUAUUCUGAGAUUUGGAACAGGAUUGUAUGAAAAAAGCGAAAGGUUAAUCACUCCCCGAAAUCGUGUCACAAAUUCGUCCGAAAUCCCCAAAUCCUACCGAAAUCUUUCCGCAGACCAAAAAAUCCCUCGCAAUUGGCCCAAAAUUCAUAAUCGGUCAACGCGGCCGUUUUCCUGUUUAUACUAAUACACUUUCGAAUAUACUCAUAAGAUAAGUGACAGUCUAAAAUCAAAUUAAAAUAUUUGUGAAAUUACCUGAAAUUCUCCGAAAUCACCCGAAAUCCUUUGAAAUCACCCAAAAUCCUUCGAAACCACCUGAAAUCCUUCGAAAUCAACCGAAAUCCUUCAAAAUCGCUCUAAAUCUGAAAUCUUGUCACAGUGAAUAAUCCCUCGAAAUAUUUCCGAAAUCCUACCAAAAUCACCCGAAAUCCCUCAAAAUCGCUCUAAAUCCCUCAAAAUCGCUCUAAAUCCGAAAUCUUGUCACAUUUUUCCUUUAGUGAAUAACUCCUCGGAAAAAAAGGCACUCAGAAAUAGUUAUUUAAACAACAAGUUUUGAAAACGACUUUUUUCGCACGGCGAGACAGUUUGUUGGACCGAGCCGUAGGCGAGUUCCACAAGUCGAGCAAGUGUGAAAAAAGGUUUUCAAACAAGUUUUUUU